AUGAAUAUUUCUUAGGUUUAGAAGAAACCAACAGUAUUAAUCUCACAAUAAAAUAUGUUGUAUAGUUGGAGCUAGAUUAACAUUCAAGAAACCCAUCACUAGUUGAAAAAGCAGUUUAGAGAAAAAACUUAUGAGUACAAAAAUCAUAAGUUAUAUUAGAUAUUCCUCCUAUUUAUUUCAUUAAUCAUUAUUUAGCAGAAAAAGAGCAUGUUCCUUUAAUUAUAGGAUUGAAAUUAGGUAUAUAAAUAGCGCAAAUAUUAUUUGUGUUAGCUGAUGUUGUUGUAAAUGUCAAACAAAUUUAUGAAGGAAUUACUACAAUACUUGAGAUGUAC